GGCAAAGCCAAGGCAUUUGGAAAAGCUAUGGUUGGAUUAUUGAAUCCAAUGAAAUAUGGCGAUCAUUUUUAUGAAUUGUACACGAGCAAUACACGCAGAAAGUUGCAAAAUGAGCGUAAGGCGCUCACGAAACGCAAGAGCCGCAAGGAGAAAUCGGCAGCAGCGAUGGCAGCCGCCGCAGCGGUCGCAGUGCUGGAGGGGAAUGCUGGCGGUGCAGCGGGUGGCAUUGUAAAUCCCAUGGAUCCGCCGCUGGUCAAGGAUCAAUUGCUGUUUAUGCCCGCAUUUCCGGUGGCGCACAUUGAACUUGAUCCGAAUGCAUCCAAAUUUGCGGUAUUCUCGGCCAUACGCUCCACAGUGCUGGAGGCGGAGACACGCUUUGCCCUGUUCCACGAGGGCAACGGACAUGGCGCAUUGGCUGCGUCGGCGCUUAAGAAAUGGAGUGGGAAUAUGGGCUCAUCCUGUUGCCUGGUCUGUGCUGGCAGCUGCAUGGUCAGCAAUCUGGUUGAUUGCUCCUGUCACGCACCACUUGCUGUUGUCGGCGCUGCCGGUGGUGGUGGUGGUGGUGUCGGCGGUGGUGCUGCUGGAGCAGCUGGUGCCGCUGGUGGUGUUGCUGCUGGUGGUGGUGCUGCUGGUGGAGCUGCUGCCGGCGCUGCAGCAGCUGCUGAUAAACGUGCAACAAAUAGCGCCAAUAGCGAUGCCGAUUCCGAUACGGAUGAGCCCGAGGAGCGUGAACCCGUGUAUGCCACAGUGCCACUCAUUGUUGGCGCCGGUCUGCGCAGUCUCUUUGAGCUGAUUGCCGACGCCCGUCACAUUCAGCCGCUGCUCUGCACGAAAGCAUUGAAGGCACUGCUCGAUGUUAUACAGGGACAACAGCCGGAAUCGUUUAAACUAGAACCGGAAGAUCUUAUCAAUCCACUGUACGAUCUAUUGCUUGAUCUGGCCACAAUGCCGGCUGCCAUCACUUCCAGCACCGGCGCCGAGGCCAACUGGUCAGCCAUGGCCUGUGCCGCACUCCUCGGACUCUGCAUUGCACGCGGCGACACCGGCAAAAUGCUAAAGGCCAUUGCAGCCAUGUUAAUGUCACCCCGACAACUCUCGGCCCAGAUUGUACAACUGCCGGCGGUGUUGGCGGCACUGCAACACACCGUGGUCAGUGCGGCACUGAAUAAACCAACUCGUCCAGAUUUUUAUAGUCACGGCGUUCCACACAACUCACUGAUUGAUGAGUUCGCUUUGAAGCUACCCAUGUUGACGGCUCCACUGCAUCACACAGCACCAGCCAUGGCCUGCGAUGGGGUCUUUGUUUAUUUGCUUUACGGCGGAGCCCUGUUAAAGAUUGGCACCGGCUUUGGCGGCUCCUACAAGGGUCACAUUUACGCACAGAACGAUGAAUUCAGCAGGGAACGCAGCGCCUGGUUGGGCUACAGUGCUGGACAAUUGUAUUUCCGGCGUAAUUGCAAGCGUAGCGCCGAUCAAUUGCAACUCGUUGGCAUGGACACAUUGGCGGUCAAGUCAAUGAAUCCACUCAAUAUGCUUUCCAUGCGCGAAGGACUCAACUAUGUACUCUUCACGGACGAUGAUUCAUUGCAUGCCAUUUGCAGCAAUCGAGAUGACACACUGGUGGUAAAGAAGCUGAAUCUAUAUCACAACAGUUACAGCAGCGAACCACCGCCAUUUGAGUUGCCGUUGCAAUUGGCACGAAAAAAGUUUCGCACGUUGGGAUAUGCGGCAUUCGAGGAUGAGCUGCUCAAUCAACAUCAGAUUCAAAGGAUUCAAUCGGCGCACAACAGUUUUGAGCCGAAAUUACCGCCACCGUGUCGAGAUGCCGAUGUCCUGGGCAUGGCAUGUGGCAAGGAGUUCGGUUUGGUGCGUGCCAGCAAUGGCCGUGUCUAUUAUUAUGGCAAAUCCGCAGCAUUGGGCCUAAAGUGUGUGGGAAGAACUCCCACAUUGAAGCUGACUGAAUUGAUUGUCUCAAAGGCGGCGCACAUUGUUCAUGUGGCUGUUGGACAUGAUGGCAUUCAUGCGCUGCUCGUUAAUGACGAUGGAACCGUUUAUUUUGCGGGCACUGCACGGCGUGGUGAGGAUGGCGAUAGCUCCAAGAAUCGACGUCAACCGAAGGCGGUUAAACCCAAGAAGAUGAGCAAAAUUGAUGGACACGUUGUGGUGCAUGCUGCUUGCAACAAUGGCACCUCAGCAUUUGUCACAAAAACCGGAAAACUAAUCAUGUACGGCAAGGAUACGGCACACUGUGAUUCCAUGGGAUUUGUCAGUGAACUGUUGGACCAACAUGUGACCAAAGUGGCACUGGGCAAGGCACAUUGUGUUGCACUCAGUGCCAAGGGGCAACUGUUUACCUUCGGCCUUAAUAAUAAGGGCCAAUGCGGACGUGUCUUUAACAAAAUGAUGCCUGUCAAGGAUGUGCCGAGUUCAUCCACCACAUAUGCUUUGCUUGGACAGCAUGCGGACAAGUUUCGUCAUAAAAUUGACUUCUCCACGUUGUGCGACUACGAUGAUCAUAAUAUGGUGCAGGGACAGUGUCGUGUCUGUGUCAUGUGCCGCGAAUGCACCGGCUACAAUGUCAGCUGUGUCUCCUCGUUGAAUGUGCCGCUCGAGCAGCGACUCGCCGGAAGCAUUUGUCCAUGUGGACACGGCGAUGCGGGUUGCGCCAAGUGUGGAUUGUGCUCCGCCUGCGUUGGCCUCCAGGAAAGCGAGCUUGCGGAUGCCAAGGUGGAUCUGAAGCCGCUGCCCGGAGAGUUACAGCGUCAGCAACGCUCCAAGACGCUAAUUAUGCGACGGAAAGAGAAGAAACCCUCGGAGUUGGAUACGGGCGCCGCUGGUGGCGGUUGUGGAACACCCACCGAUCUCGAAAAGGAUCCACCACGUGUGGCACCAUUGGCGCCACAAUUGCUUCAGCUUCCGACGGCCUCACCUAUUGUACAAGUUGCCUGCGGCCUCCAUCACACGGUGCUCCUAACGCUCUCCGGUGAAGUCUUCACAUUUGGUAGCAAUCAGUAUGGACAACUGGGUUCGGGGGAUCUGCAACCGGUUAGCGGUCCCAUUCGUGUCCAGGUGCAGGGUGCCAUUAGUCAGGUGGCUGCCGGCAGCAAUCAUACGGUUCUGUUGACCCACAAAGGUGUCGUCUAUACGUUUGGCAACUAUCAGAAGGGUCAAUUGGGUCGCCUGCCCAGCGAUUAUGGCCAGAAACCGGGUCUCGUUGGCGCUGCACCGCCGCCACAAUCGCAACCACCGCCACCAGCACCACCCUCACAAGAGGAUGAGACAGUCAACUCGGAUGUGGCCUGUAUUUUACCAGGUGGCUCCAAGGAGUCCAUAUUAAUUCCUCCCAACACGGCGGCGCUUAUCGCUCAGCGGCAAAAAUUUCUGUGGAACUGUGCUCCCGGUGCCGUCUUCGGAUUGGGACCCAGCUAUGGCAAAAAGGUCACCUGGAUUGGCGCCAAUGGCGAUCAGACCUUUAUCAAAAUUGACGAGUCGCUGAUCACAGCUCAAAUGCUGCCCAAGAUGCAUGUGGUGGCCAACAAAAAGACAAUACUACUCAUUCCCAGCAUACCACUGUCAUUCCAAACGCUCUCGAUCAAUCGCAGCGACGGCAGUUGCACUCCACAUUAUCGUGGCCAAACGAAUUUCGCCCAAUUGCUGCAAACACAGCAGCCACUUGGCCAACCGGAGAUCAAUCGCAAUGUGGAUGUGGGAACACCAUUGGCCGAACUGCCAAUGGUCAGCAGCAGUUCAGCGGGUGUGCCGAUCAAUGAGCAGAUGUCCCGAAGCAUGCACGAGGCACGUAAUCAUAUCUUUGAGGAGCAACAACAUUUGGAGGCGGCAAUGCCAUCAUCGGGAGCAUCAACGCCAAGACAACGGCGAGGAGUCGUGCGGCCACGUCAAGAUUCCGCUGGUCCAGCAUCGCCGGAGCAGCAGACGCCACAGAUCGCCUUCGCCAUGGAUCCCAGCUACCAUGUCCUCUGGGUUUUUGAUGGCGCCACGCGAAAGCUGCGUUGCCACAAUGUUGUCGCCAGUGAAAUAUCCGAAUUCGAUGUGAAUGCGGGCAACUAUCGGGCGCUGUUAUCGCCAGAGUUGUCACUGCCGUGCAAAGCAGAGGCGCGAGUGUCGCGUUCGCAGGCAUCCCUCAAUUUGCUGGCCUGCCUGGAUAUAUUGACAUCGGCACAGGAUAAUAUACCUGGAUGCUUUGAGCAGGCGCUGCCCAAGCAGCCGCAUCAGACGGCGGAGGCACAGAGUGGCGAGUAUCAGGUGGUGAAUCGAUUUGAUAACUUUGGCGGCGGUUGGGGAUAUUCGGGACAUAGUGUGGAGGCGAUACGUUUCUCCUCGGACACGGAUAUUGUAAUAUGUGGCUUUGGCAUGUUUGGCGGACGUGGCGAAUACAGUUGCAAGCUGAAGCUAUACGAUCUGGGCACCGAUGGUGGUGGAUACGAGAAGGAAGGUGUCCUGCUUAGCGAGACCAAGGAGGUGCCAUAUGAAUGCGCUGCAAGGAGUAAACAUCACAUUCUUUUAACAAAGCCAGUGAGUGCAGCAGCUGGACGCUGGUAUUUGAUUUGGGCCAGAAUUGCCGGACCAUCCUCCGAUUGUGGUUCGUGUGGACAGGCAUCGGUGACCACAGAGGAUCAAGUGGUGUUCACAUUCAAGUCAAGCAAGAAGGCCAACAACGGCACCGAUGUCAACUCUGGCCAAAUACCCGCGAUACUCUAUCGUCUGGUCACCCAGGAUUGCAAACAGCCCCCGCUGCCCCUCGAUGCGGAUCCCGUGCAACGCAUUUCACGCGCCUUCGCCAACAGCGUGAGUCGCGAGUGCUUCGAGAGUCUCGUUGUGCUGCUCAGCUGGUCAUGGGAUUGCUUCAAGACUCAACUACGCGAGCAACGGGAUCGUGCUCGUCCCUUGCAAUUGCAACAGACUCUACAGUAUCUUGGCUAUGUCAACAAAUCAUGUCUCCGCCUGCUACGCAAAUACACCAAUGAGAUUUAUCCACAAAGAACCACGUCGGUAGCUGCUGCUGUUGCGGCCAAUUCAUCGGCUGGCGGUGCUGUCGCCGCUGCCAUUUCCAAGCUCCAACAAAAAUCAAAUCAGAAAGAGAAACCGACGAGUCGUGUGGUCAACAGUGCCGGCAAAUAUCUGGGCGAUGCUACAUCUUUGCCCUCAUCCACGAUGUCUGCCUUAAGCUCUGGCACGUCAGUUGGCCGGAAAACUAAUCUGGAAAACAUACAACUAGCCGAAUGCAUUGGCAAUGUGCGUGCUCUGCUCAUUGCCAUCUUUUGUGACGACAUCUUCAAGGACAUUGCCACAGAUGAGGGUUACGCUUUGGUACUGGAAAUUCUGGAUGAAUGUCAUUUAAGUUUUGUGGCAUGUUUCGAUGCCUUCUAUCCGACAUCAUCAUUGAAAUGGAACUGUCUAUGCGAUCUGUUGGCCCAAAUGGAUCGCGGUGCACUCCAUUCCCGUCUUUUGAGUGCCAUUCUAGCUGGUCUGUGCUCCCCGACGGUCAAGUUGCGUGCCACAUUCUCAUUACUGAAUGCAUCGGGCAAUGAGCGACAAUCGAUCAUCAGUCCAAGUGACAAUUCGGGACUGCCAAUGCUGUCAUCGACGGAGGCGCAUCAAUAUCCGAUAUUGGUGGAGCAAAUGAUUUAUAGGACGCAGCAGGAGAAGAGCGAUUUUUUGAGUAACUCGUGGACAUUCAAGGAUGUGCUGGUGCGUCUACUUGAUAUUAUUGCGAGUCCGAUUCGUUCGCGCAUUGAAUCCAUCUACAGUCGCUGCUUGGGCGGCAGCUAUGCGGGGAAGGAGUGCAUCAAUCAGGGAUUAAUCGACAACUGUUGCCAUCUGUUGGCCCGCGUGCUUGCCGAGAUUGUCUACCAGACGGCACUGGGCGAAUAUGAUAAAUUAUUUUUGCCACCACGAACAUUGCACUCGACAUGCUCGAGAUUUGCUCGCUGCGAUUUGAGUCGCACAUGGAAUACGGGCAAUUUUGGACCAGAUGCAAUUGCCUUUUCGGUGGAUCGACCUGGUAUUGCCAUUGCCGGUGCCAUGAUCUAUUCCGGAUCUGGCAGCUAUGAUUAUCAAUUGGAAUUGCUAUAUGAUAAUACAGUUGAUUUGCAGCCACAACACAAAUGGGAGACACUCGAAUCCAUUUCUGGCACUUACGAUCAGGAGUCUGUGCACAACGAUCUGGCCGAGAUUAAGUUUGAGCAUCCGGUGCACAUCAAGGAGCAUUCACGCUAUGCACUCCGACUAUGUUCACAGGGAGCACGCACCUGUUCGGGAGAUGCGGGAAUGCCCACUGUACGUGGUCCUUGCGGUGUCAGCUUUCAUUUCUAUGCCUGCGAUUUGAGUUUCAAUGGCACGACGCCGGCACGCGGACAAUUGCCGAGCAUACUCUACUACAGCACGCCAGUCAAGCAGCAGUUGCAGCAGCAGCAGCAGCAACAACAACAACAACAACAACACCAGCAGCAGCUGGAGGCUGUUGCAGCCACUUGCCCGCUGGAUGCGGCAGGCACCUCGUCAGCCGCUGCCUCCUCCAACCUGGCGUUGGCCAACGGCAGCAACGAGAUUUCCACACGGGACACGGCAUUGCAAAUCGCCGCGGAUAUAACAAAGAAGUGCACAGAAUUGUUAAUCCUGGCACGCAAUGCGAUGGCUGCAUCAUGUUCACCCACAGACAACUCAUCGUCGAAUCACACACAGACCAUUGAUUCGGAGCACAAUAUAACGCCAAUUGAGGAGCACAUGGACAUCAAUUGGGCGAACAAUUCACGCACAGCUGCGUUACCCGUGGAUCCACAAUUAUCGACGACAGCCAGAGAUUUGGGCAAGCGCAUUGAAUCCUUCUCCAAGGGCAUUAUGGAAACACUCAAGUUCGAUAAACGUUCGACGAAUCCAUUUGAAAUGGAAAUCGAAAUUGGAGCAACCGAAAUUGGUGUUGAGGAGACGGCGGAAUUGAAUUUUUGUAAUGUUCAACUGGCGGCCAAAUUAAAUGGCAACGAGCGUGUGGAGUACGAAUCGGAGCAACCGUUGCAAGUGGCCCAACAGCAGCAGCAGCAGCAGUUGCCGCUGCAACAGUUGACACCGCAGCAACAGUUGCCGCCACAAUUGCCUCAGCAGCAACAACAACAGCAGCAGCAGCAACAGCAACAACAACAAUUGCCGCCACAUCAACAAUUGUUGCACUCGGACUCGGAGGAGGCGCAUGUGGUGGGCGGUGGAGCUGCAGCAUUGCAACUGCUGGAGGUCUUCAAUUUGGCCGCCUCGAAUAUGUUCCACACGCUGUUGCCGCUUGUCUAUGCGCACAUUGCCAACUUGGCCUGCAGUGAUCCCAAGAGUUCGGUGCAAAUACUUGGCUUAAUCAAAGAGAUCUUGCCACACAUUGCGGCACUCAAUCAGUUGCAUGUGUCCAAGGAACAACGAAGCUCGGAACAACUGCGUCCCGAUCCCAUCAACAUGCCAUCGCCAGCGAGUAGCACCACCAGCAACCACUAUUGUGUGGUUGAAAGCGAACAUCCAUAUCGCAGUGCAAGCAUCAGUUGCUAUCGCGUCGAAUUUCCACCCUGUGUCCAAUGGUUAACCAUUGAAUUUGAUGCACAAUGCGGCACCGCACAGCUCGAGGAUUAUUUGCUACUAUCGAUACCGAUUCGAGCUGCCGCAGCACCCCAACCGUGUCAAUCAGCCACCACGUCAUCGGACGAUUAUUAUGAUAUACUCGAUAAUAAUGUGAGUGGCAAACGUGGAGGAAAUCCGGCCUGUCACAAUGCUCAGCUGCAGAUGACGAGCUGUUGUCGCAGUCCAGGGACUGGCACUGGAACAGGAACAGGCACAGGCACAUCAAAUGGUUCCAUCUUGCGUUCACAGGAUGUACUGGAUCAUGAUUGGAUUGUGGUUAAGAAAUUUAAUACCGCCUCCAAUUGGCUUCAGAAUGUGCUCAUUCUGCCGGGCAACUGCGUUGAGUUCUCCUUGGAAACUGCAUCCUUAUAUGCUCAGGAUCCUCACAAUAAUCGAUAUGGCUUCAAGUGUCUUGUGGUUGGCUACGAUAAUCCCACAGCGAUCAAUGCCAGCAACUCGUGUCUCAUACGUCUGGAACAGGAGCUGUCCUAUCUGGGCGGCAUGUGCAGCGCUAAUCUUAUGAAAAAAGAUCUCAAUUUGCCAGAUGAUAAAGACAUGGAUGAUUUGAGUGGCAUCGAGGAGACAAUUAGUGCUCAUCAUACUCUGCUCUCUAAGGGAUUUGCUUUAUCCGAACCACAGCUGACAGUGCAUCAGGCACUUGAAUCAUAUUUGCCCAUUGGUUCGCAGUCGAAUGAACGGCAAUUCCUGAAGGAUUUCAUUAGCGGCGCUCCAGGAUCAUCGGGUGCUCGCUUGGCCGCCUGGUUGCAGCCGGAAUCGCGCCUCGAUCCCAAUAAAUGCGAGCUCAACACAAUUACGGAACCGUUGCGUUACGGUUGGCCCACGCAGGUGACUGUGACCAUACGGGAUCAGUAUGGGGAUGCGGUGCUGGUGCCGGAGCUAAAGGUGGAGAUAAAGGCCAUACCAACUGGACCGGAUCGUAGCGGCGCUUUGGGUGGUAAUCUAAAGAUGCGACGCACCUCCUAUGCGGAGGACAGUCAGCAUGGUGGAAUUUUAGGGCUGGCUGGACAAUUGGGAGGGAUGACACCGCCGCCACGUCUGAACUAUGAGGCAACCACCAAGGAGAAGAUGUGCUUCAAGGCGAUUACGUUUAUGAAACCCUACACAAAUUACUCAUUUGAGGAGCUGCGCUUUAGCAGUCCCGUUCAGACCAGGACAACGGAGGCGCUGUGCGCCCGGGACAUGGAGGAUGGCACCUUCAGUGUGCACUGGACGCCCAAUUCGGUGGGAGGCUAUUGUCUGGCCGUAACCAUCGAUGGCAUACCCCUGGAGGAGGUCUAUCGCGUCGAGGUCAAGGAGGGUGUCCUUCCACCUCCCGCACAGCGCUCGAAUGCCGCUCGACGACCGCAGGCGCCGAGCAAGCUGCGCCGCUUUCAGGCUCGUCACAGUACGGGACUUCGGAUACGUUCGCAUCCCACGCUGCAGUCGGAGCAGGUGGGCGUGGUACGGCUGGGUGGGAUCAUAUCGUUUAUUGAUGAGAUCGAGAAUGAUGAUGGCAUUUGGUUGCGACUCUCGACGGAGUCCAUACGGCAGCACUGCACGAUGGGCUGGUAUCCCACAGAGGCGUGGUGUCUGCAGUUCAAUCAGCACCUAGCUAGGACACUACUCCAACCCGUUACAGAUAAUCCGACUGCGGUGGCUGGCCAAGCACGCGGAAAGCCAGGAACAGCCGGAGCCGAGGGAGGAGCGGAAGGAGGAGCUGCAACUGGAGUGGAUCUGUCCGAGCUACCGGCCUCCAGUCCAUGUGGCAGCAAUGCCGAGAGUCCUACAAGUCCCUCUAGUCCCAGCAAGGACAACGAUCGCAAGAUCUUUGAGCUACCCAGCGUUGCCAGCACCACCAACAACAGCAGCAGUUCCGUCACAACAUCAACAAAUCCAUUCCUGCUGCCAGCCAAGACCACGGAGGAUCAGCUGACGGAUGUGGAGCAGGCAACGGCGACAGCAGCGGCGCCCACAGAGCUGCUUCCUGGAAAUCUGGGAUCAGCGAUUGCGGGAGUUGUGGGUGGCGGUGCCAUCAAAUUGCAAGCACUUCAAAAGUGGUUCAAGGGGGAUCAGGCCAUGGAUCAGUCCCAGGUGCAGUCCCAGCCUGCAACGGCAACGGCAACGGCUGCCGUCUCAGUGCGCGACAUGGUGCGUGCCAUGGGCGGACAGGAGCAGUCACAGUCACAGUCGCAGUGCCAAACCCCAUCCCUGUCACGUGGCAAUGGCAAUACUCGCGUGGAUCAGGAAACGGGCAAUGCGGAGACGGACUUUGACAUUGCCAGUGUGCGACGGAUGAACUACACGCCAAGUCAAACGGCAGCAUUGCUCUCAACGCCAAAGCACACGCCACGACGUGGUGCUGCCGUCCAGGAGCCAGGUCCUGCCCAGCUGGCACAGCUCGAGGAUGACCACAGUGUGUUACAGAUAACGACAACCACGACAACCUCCACAACGGGUGCGGGCACAGAGACGCAAAGUGAACUGCAAUUGGGCGAUAGUCCAACGGCAGCAACCAGUUCCACCUCCGCCAAUGCAUCCGGCACAGCGUCGGCCUCGGGUUGCUCCAAGCGUAGCACCAUCAUGGGUCCCAUCAAGCGGGCGAUGCCGCCUUCGUUUGCGGAGAGUAUACGCGCCGUAUUUGCGGCUCUGUUGUGGCACGAGGGUGUUGUUCAUGAUGCCAUGGCCUGUGCGAGUUUCCUCAAGUUUCAUCCUGGCCUGCCCAAAGAGGGUGCCACGGUGGUGACACGACGUGGUGACUCGGGUGAUCCACGGCUGCAACUCUCCCGGGAGCAGAAGGCCCAGCAACGUCACUCUGUGGAGGUGGCAAAUGCGGGACAUUAUCUAAACAUACGUCCGUCCACGUUGGAAACUCUGGCCAAGAGCGGCAAUUGUUCGCUACACAAUCGCAGCAAGCAUCGCAAGAAUGCUGCUGCCAAUGCUGGCGAGGAUCAGUCCCAAGAUCCAUCACAGUCACCGUCACAGUCCUCGCAACAGCAGAAACUCCAGGCCUUGCCGGAACUGGUAAGCGUCCUUCCGCCGGCUCUGCGUUGUCUUGUCUAUCUCUGGGAACAGAUCUGUGCCGGCUGCGUUCACAUUGUCCAGUCGAAUGCGUUGGAGCAACGUGAACAGCGUCUCCUUUCGCCAGGGGCACGUGAGGCCAACGGCGAGCUCGACUCCAAGGAGUGCAAGGGUAAUGGGAGCGACCUCGGCGCCGACAAGGAUCCCAGCAAGAAGGGGAAGCGAAAGAAAAAGGACGACGGCAGCUGGUGUGAAAUUUGUGAACUCUUCCUUCCCAUGCCAGUCACAUAUCACAUGCGCAUCGCCCAUCCCGGCUGUGGCAAAUCCGCCAAGGGCAAGGGCUACAAUUCCGUGGGCAUCUUCUGCGAGGGCUGGGCUGGCAACUGCGGCGAGGGUGGAAAAGGCGCCUCCUCAUGGUUCCUCAUGUGCGAUGUCUGUCGGGACAAGUAUCUGGCCAGUAGUCGCAGUGCCAACAAUAUCAACAUCACCGCUCCACAUAUAUCCAAUGCAGCUACUGAAAUGAACCUGUUCGGCGUGAAGACAACCACAUUGAUAGCCAACUCGGAGGUGUACACCACAAUGCGAGAGAAUGCCACAUUCCUUUUGGAGUUGUGCUCCUCGAGCAGUACAUGUGGCAACCUGCAGACGGCCGGGAACAGUGCCAGCCAAAAGAGAUCGCCACAACAGCAACUAUCGAUGCCGAUGCCUGUGGUCAUUGAGCAUCAACAUCUUGGUAUGCCAGAUCUGAAUCUCAGCAAUAAGCCGAGCACAAGUCGAGCUGACUCCGCCCGUAGCAGUCGCAUUGGGGCACGACUCAGUGGCAAGUUUACGCCAUUUCGCAAGAGCUUUGUGGGCGUGCCGCCGGCAUCACCCGAAAACGUUUGGCUGGCACCCGACAGCUUCGCCUGCCUGGAAUGCCUUGGUACCGCCGCCCACGAGGAUCUACCCUACGAGAUGUUUGGCCUGGCCAAUGCGACCAAUGAGAACGGCUUCGAUCGGCCUCUCUCGGAGAUCUCGUACGAGUCUUGCGAGCCGAACAACUAUGAAUUGAUGUCCGGAUCGUUGGCGAAUCCACCAGCUGGGGGUGGUGCUGUCGGUGGCGGAGGCGGGACAUUAUCAAAGUUUCAUCGCAGCUACUCGAUGGGACAAGGUUGGGCGGCGGUGGCACAACAGCAGCAGCAGCAACAGCAGCAGCAACAGCAGCAACAUCAGCUGCAGCAGCAGCAGCAGCAACCGACGAUAUCGACAGCGAUGCCAUUGGAUGCACAACCCAAGGUUGUCUAUCGUCGUCGAAACAAUUCGUCAAGCGAAGGCGAUGGAUCGCUAUUGAUUUGUUAUCCCUCAGAGCAUCUGCGUCGCCUAGUGCCACAGAAGCUAUUGGCCAGCGUUGCCGUGCUGCAUGCCGCCAAUGCGAAUGAUGGACAGUCGAUGGCAGACAGGACACUCGAUGCCAAAGAGCAACAACAACUGCCUCCGGUGAGUCCACUUCCUCUGCCGGAGCAGAGUAGUGCUUUGUUGGCCCGUCCGGCGAUGGCGUUCAUGACACAAAAGCACGAACUGGACAGAUUACGUGGUGCAAUGCGCCGGAGUCUGCGGAUUGCCGCUUGUCGGAUCUACGCACUGCAGGCUCUCAACUGGCUACUCCGCAGUGUCACCCAAGGCGUUUGUCUGCAUGAUCUCAUGUGGUGGUUCGUCAGCUCCCUUGCGGUGGGCAGUGCUGAUCUUGUCGAUGGCAAAUAUGAGGAGGCUGAACCGGCACUAGAGCAUCCGGUGGCGUACACUCAAAUCAGUGGACGUUUUGCGCAUCUGAUAACCCAUUCUCUGCAUGUGCUCCUACAAUCUGUGGCCGAUCUAACGCUCCAUUUGCCAUUGGGCUCGCCAUUGCAGCGUGUGGCCAUCCAAUGCUUUGGCAUUCGCUUCCGCCAAGCGGAUCAUCAGUUUCUCCACAGCUCGCAUGUCUUUGGCAAUAUCUCAAAGAUACUAUCCAAGUCGGAUGAACAGAAUGACGCUGCCAUGGCCGUUUCCACAUUGUUGGCAGCUACCAGCAAUGAGAUUCAUUGCGAUGCGGAGCAUAACAUAGCCACAGCUAGCAAUCAAUUGGCAACGGGCAGUGUUCCCGGUGCAAAGGUCAUUUGCUAUACCGAUCUUUCCGGCAUGUUCGAGGUGACCGUCUCCUCGCGCCCGGCUAUGGCCGAAUCCCUAACGGACAACUCGACCGAAACAUUUUGGGAGAGCGACGAGGAGGAUCGCAACAAAUGCAAAAUCAUUGAGCUCUCCAUGAGCAAACUGAGCUUCGCCUGCAAAUUCGUUCUCGUUCACAUCGACAACAGUCGCGACAUUCAGAACAAGGUGCUGAAUGUGGUGUUCUAUGCCGGUCAAUCGCUGGGCGAUACGAACCUCAUCAAGUCGGUGGAUGUGGACCAAAAAGCGUGCGUUUGGAUCACGGCUAAGAUCAGCGACGACAGCGCUACGCAUUUUCGGCUCGAACUACACGGACCGGAGAAUACGUUGCGUGUGCGUCAAAUCAAGCUGCUCGGUUUACCGAACGGUGUUCAACCGGCUGGUGCUGCUGGCGGUGCUAACGAGGAACCGCUGGCGGUUGAGCAUCGCUCCAAUUUGCGCAUGUCACACGCAGCAAGGAUUCAACAACAGAUCUGCGAGGCGGAGACACUGAGAGUGUUUCGUCUUAUUACCGGACAGGUAUUUGGCAAGCUCAUCAGUAAUGUGAGUGAGGCUGUGACGGCAACAGGUGCCGCCGGCUCCACAUUGGAUGCAGGCAACUCGAUGCUAGCUGAUUCUCUGGAUCUGCGGGAGCAUAUGGUGGGCAUAUUGUUUUCUCGCAGCAAACUGUCGCAUCUGCAGAAACAGGUAAUCGUCCAUAUUGUGCAUGCUAUCAAGAAGGAGGCACAGCGCGCCAAAGAGGAUUGGGAGCUGGCCAAUCUAGCCCAUGUCCUUAAACAGCAACCGCCUCAGGCGGCAAUUCAAGCGACAAGAUCAACUGCACCAACUGGGGCAACAGGAGCAACCAGUGAGAGCAGCUCGGAACGAAGUCGUGCUCCGGAUACCUAUUGCUUUGAGAUGCUUAGCAUGGUGCUGGCCUUGUCCGGCAGUGUUGUGGGCCGUUCCUAUCUAUCGCAGCAGCAUGGAUUGCUCAGGGAUCUGUUAGGACUACUCCACACGGGCAGCGAUCGUGUGCAGCGUCAGGUGACGGCGUUGUUGCGUCGCAUCCUCCCAGAAAUAACGCCAGAGAGCUUUGCCGAGCUGCUGGGUGUGCAGCGUCUGCCGCCGGCGGACUAUAGCAUCGCCCAUCAGAGUGCCAGCGAUUUUGAUAUGAGUCGUCUGGGCUUACUUGACAUUUUCCUGGCCGUCAUUGCAAAAUCCUUGCAGCUGCAGGUCAAGGUGAAGACAACGACGGCCAAUGCAACCACAUGCGGUGGUGGUGGUGGUGGCGGUGUCGGUGUACCUUCCGCAACCUCGUCCACAUCUACGUCGGUAGCUACCAAGCCCGGGCAGCUGGAGAAGACGCCGGCCUUUGUGCGCCUCUGCAGCUCCUUGGAUCUCUCCGUGCAGUUGUUGCGCGCACGUCCAACGACAGCGGAACAGGUGUCCAUGGGAGCUCCAUCGUCGAUGACAGUACCAGGUUCGAGCGAUCCUUUUCGCUUUGAUGCCGCGCCCGUGAUGAAGAAGGAGUCCAAGCGAAAUUUGAAUCAACGCUGGUUCCUCAACGGCAUCAUCUCCACCAAGCAGGCGGAGAGCAUCAUAGGACUUAUACGUGAUCUCGCCAGCGGUAAGCUGAGCGAGAAAUGGUCACAGAUCACGAAGGCAGCCAUUGCCGAGUCAGUGUUAAAUCUGACACGACUGGAGGAGAUCUAUCGUACGCCGGAGCAUUGCACAAAAACGGCAACCCUCUGGCUGGCGCUGGCCAGUCUCUGUGUCCUGGAGCGUGAUCACGUCGAGAAACUGUCCUCGGGUCAGUGGUCCAAGCUCUGCGACACGCGUCCCAUGUGCAGCAAUCACGAUGAUGGCGAAACGGCGGCCAUCAUACAGUGUGAGACCUGUGGAUCCCUUUGCGGUGACUGCGAUCGGUUUCUGCACCUGAAUAGAAAGACGCGCACACACAAGCGCACGGUUUGCAAGGAGGAGGAGGAGGCCAUACGCGUGGAGCUGCAUGAAUCCUGUGGACGCACAAAACUCUUUUGGCUCUUGGCUUUAGCCGACUCAAAGACGUUAAAGGCCAUGGUUGAAUUUCGAGAUGGCAGCCAUACAAUCAUCUCGGGUCCACAGGAGGCAGUGGGUCGCUGUCGUUUCUGCGGACUCACUGGCAACUCUGGCCUGCUGGAAAUUGGCAACGUUUGUGCCGAUGCCCAGUGUCAGGAGUAUGCCUCCAAUUCCUGCCUAAAAACUAAACCCUGUGGACAUGCCUGCGGCGGAGUGGCCGGCGAACGUAAAUGUCUGCCCUGUCUGCAGCACGUCUGUCAUGUGCGGGAGAACGAGCUGGCCGAGGAGCUGCGUGAUCCGAAGCUAACCCAAGAUGCUGAUGACAUGUGCAUGAUCUGCUUUGUGGAAGCGCUCUCCUGUGCGCCCUCAAUACAUCUGGAGUGCGGUCAUGUGUUUCAUUUCCAUUGCUGCAAAGCGGUGCUGGAGAAACGUUGGAGCGGACCGCGAAUUACCUUCGGCUUCUCACUGUGUCCCAUCUGCAAGGCGGACAUACAGCAUCCAUUGCUGGCCGACAUCCUGGAGCCCAUUAAUGGACUCAAGCAGGAUGUGAAACGCAAGGCGAUCAUGCGCAUCAAAUAUGAGGGCGUCGUCAAGGAUACGGAUAGCAAGGAUGUCACCCAACUGGCCAUGGAUCGUUAUGCAUAUUACGUGUGCUUCAAAUGCCAGAAGGCCUAUUACGGCGGCGAGGCACGCUGCGAUGCGGAAAUUGGUGAAAAGUUCGAUCCCGAGGAGCUCGUUUGUGGCGGCUGCUCGGAUGUGGCACGAGCUCAAAUGUGCCCCAAACAUGGUACCGAUUUCUUAGAGUACAAAUGUCGCUACUGUUGCUCCGUUGCGGUAUUCUUCUGUUUUGGGACGACGCACUUUUGUGAUACGUGCCACGAUGACUUUCAACGUUUGACAAACAUACCGAAGAACAAGUUGCCCCAAUGCCCCGCCGGGCCAAAGGCCAAACAGUUGCUGGGCGAUGAAUGCCCGCUGCAUGUGAUGCAUCCACCCACCGGUGAGGAGUUCGCCUUGGGCUGUGGCGUCUGUCGCAAUGCCCAAACGUUCUAGCAACUCCGUCUCCAAUUGCAUCUGCCACUUCAGUUGCCAUCGGAGCCAAUAGAGGAGCUGCAGCCCCAAGAGGAUGAUGUACAGCCCAAUUUAUAUGAUGUAGAGGCGCAGCGCAGCGUCGGUGACGGUGCCGAGGGGCAACGCAACGACAACUAGAAACAUUUCCCCCAAGCUCCCAAAAAUCCCCAUAUAUCCCCAUAAAUGACCCAUAUAUAAAUUAAAAGAAAUAGGCAUAAAGAAUACAUAUAUAUGCAUACAAUAUGUAAAUUAAUGUCCUUUGUUGUUUUUUUUUUUUUUACUUGUCAUUCAAAAGUUGCAAUUUUUAGCUAUAUGUGUAUUUAAUAUUCUAUUUGUUUAUUGAAUUAUUUACUUAAUUCUAAUUGUAAUGGUAAUUCUAAUUGUAAUUGUAAUCAAUUACCUGCAUUUUUUUGCGAGAGAACAAAACUCAAUUGUACACACAUGCAUUGUCAGCACACACACACACACACACACUCUCACAUACACAAUUUAUUCUUAAGUAGGUUUGAUAAAAGGAUUUGGAAAUGGAAGC